GAUGUGCUUUAAACUCGGAGCGAGGCGAAGCUUCUCGUUUCCGCGGCGGCGAAUCGAAAGACUCCAAAAAAGAUUUUAAUUUUAUUUUCUCGUCUCUUUUUCGCUCUCCUCCGAUUCUCUCUCUCUCUCUCUCUCUCUCUCUCUCUCUACCUACGUUACUACUCCGGAGGAGUCGGAUUCGGCCUCGUUCGCCUGCGAAUCGCUCGAUCACACCUCCAUCGAAGAGAAUGUAGAGAAAAAUUAUUGUUGCUGACAAUCACAAGAUGAUGGAGGGCUGUGAUUGUAUCGAGCCACAAUGGCCUCCAGAUGAGCUUCUAAUCAAAUACCAGUACAUAUCAGACUUCUUCAUAGCCCUCGCAUACUUCUCUAUUCCUCUAGAGCUCAUUUAUUUUGUAAAGAAGUCGUCCUUCUUCCCAUAUAGAUGGGUCCUUAUUCAGUUCGGAGCAUUUAUAGUUCUUUGUGGAGCAACCCAUAUGAUAAACUUGUGGACUUUCAACAUGCACUCGAAAACCCUGGCCAUAGUUAUGACCAUAGCGAAGAUCUCAACUGCUGUCGUGUCUUGUGCAACAGCUUUGAUGCUUGUUCACAUAAUUCCCGACUUAUUAAGUGUAAAAACAAGAGAACUGUUUCUGAAAAAUAAGGCUGAAGAGCUUGACAGGGAAAUGGGCCUUAUAAGGACUCAAGAAGAAACUGGAAGGCACGUAAGAAUGCUUACUCAUGAAAUCAGAAGCACAUUAGAUAGACAUACAAUUUUGAAGACUACCCUCGUGGAAUUAGGAAGGACGUUGGGUUUAGAGGAAUGUGCAUUAUGGAUGCCAUCGAGAAGUGGUUCGAGUCUUCAACUUUCUCAUACACUAAGGCACCAAAUACCUAUGGGGUUAACCGUGCCUAUCAAUCUCUCUGUUGUGAACCAGGUCUUUAGUAGUAAUCGUGCAAUAAUAAUACCAUAUACAUCUCCAUUGGCAAGGUUCCGACCCCAUUCGAGCAGAUAUGUCCCGCCCGAGGUAGUUGCAGUACGUGUCCCGCUUCUUCACCUUUCAAAUUUUCAGAUAAAUGAUUGGCCAGAGCUUUCGGCAAAGAGCUAUGCGGUUAUGGUUUUGAUGCUUCCAUCUGAUAGCGCGAGAACAUGGCAUCCACAUGAGUUGGAGCUUAUUGAGGUGGUUGCUGAUCAGGUUGCAGUCGCGCUUUCCCAUGCGGCCAUCCUGGAAGAGUCCAUGCGGGCCCGCAAUUUGUUAAUGGACCAAAACAUUGCCCUUGAUUCAGCUCGAAGGGAAGCCGAAAUGGCUAUUCGUGCUCGGAAUGAUUUUCUAGCUGUCAUGAAUCAUGAAAUGCGGACCCCAAUGCAUGCAAUUAUAGCACUAUCCUCCCUUCUUCUGGAAACUGAACUAACUCCUGAACAGCGCCUAAUGGUGGAAACUGUCUUAAAAAGCAGCAACCUCUUAGCUGCACUCAUCAACGAUGUUUUAGAUCUUUCUAAGCUUGAAGAUGGAAGUUUUGAGUUAGAGAUUGGAGCUUUCAAUCUCCAUGCCGUGUUUAGAGAGGUCAUUAAUUUCAUAAAGCCAAUUGCAGCUGUGAAGAAACUAUCAGUAUCACUGAUGUUGACACCAGACUUGCCACUGUGUGCCAUUGGUGAUGAAAAGCGGCUCAUGCAAGCUAUUUUAAAUAUUUCUGGUAAUGCUGUUAAGUUUACAAAGGAAGGCCACAUUUCAAUUAUAGCGUCUGUUGCAAAGCCAGAAUAUUUAAGAGAGUUCAGAUCUCCAGAGUUCUAUCCAGUUGCAAGUGACAAACACUUCUAUUUGAAAGUUCAGGUUAAGGAUACUGGCUGUGGAAUAAAUCCCCAGGAUAUACCCCAUAUCUUUACUAAAUUUGCACACUCCCAACAUGGAGGGAACCGAGGCUGCAGCGGCAGUGGUCUCGGGCUUGCCAUUUGUAAGAGAUUCAUAAAUCUUAUGGAAGGUCACAUUUGGCUCGAAAGCGAGGGCAUGGGAAAGGGGUGUACAGCCACAUUCUUUGUGAAGCUUCAGACAUGCGAGGGCCCAAAUGGGCAUCAGCAGCAAAUCAUGCCUACAGCUUGGCCGAAUAGUGCCGACGAAGAGCUUUCCAGUCCGAAAGCCCUGUCUAAUGAGAAGCAGCUUGUUUAUUCAAAGCCCCGGUAUCAGAGGAGUAUAUAAGUGACACAGAAUAACUAAGCUUUUCCAGCAUCCAGAAGCAACCGCGAGAGAAACUAUUGGUUUCAAAGUGCUAAUGGCUUGUACUUGUGGCUUUGUAUGCUACAUUUUGUUGUACAAAUGUUGUAAAUGAAGUUGCGCAGGCCGUGUGUACUGCUGCAGUAUUCUGCUAAUAUGAAGCUCAAUAUGACUGUUUGGUUGCUUCAUUAAUCGCUGCAGACGCAUUAUGGUUUUAUCUAUUCAACUUCUUUUUGGAAAGUAAUGGCAUCAGGUUUUAUUGGUCCUUUCGUAAAA